AGCGGCAUGUGCGGCCAAUCCUCUGGUAUAUGACGCAGUCAGCUGGAGUUCUUCCUUGUGCCACAGAGUCCGACUAGCACUACGCCCAUCUUUGACCAGCGUCACUCUCGCCAUCGAACAGGCUGCUGUGCCUAUUAUGUUGCAGCAAGCCGGUGGUUUCGUGGGCCACGUUGUCCCUCUUUGUGCUGGCAUAGCUGAUGAGGUCGACAUUCAGUUCUGAAGAUGCUCUGGGCUGUCCUUCUCUUCUGACCGUAGCCGCAGUUGUUAUAGAAACAACAACAACUACUACAACGACAACCCGACGAUGUCGUUGCUGGGCCUUUCGGAGGGAGCGACUCCUUUGUCUUGGGGUAAGCAGAGAUAUUGGCGGCUGGCAGAGGAGUAGGGUCACUCGGACAUCGAAUGUAGGAGGGAUGGCAGCUUGGGAUAUUCACGCUCCCUACGUUGCAAAGCUCAUUGACACUGUUGUCUUUACAGAUAUGUCGAAUGCAUUGGCCUGCGCAGUGGACGGCAUUGCGAUAUGUCUCGCUGCCAUGUCUCCCAGAGAAGGAAAGAAGAAGAUUAGAAUACAAAGAGUGAGACGGACAGAGGAGGGAGAAACAACAAGGGCUACAAUGCCACCCAGGUGCAGGAUGCCCUGUACAUAUGGCUCGGAGGGUGCGACCGACGCGAGCAUUCCUGAGAAGGGAAACGGCCAGGGGAUCAAAAAGUGAGGACCUUAAGGUACCCCGGUACUGUCCAGCAUUCGAAUUUCUCGAAUUGCAUCCAACCGCGCGUGGUUAGUCCACAACGGAAUCUCAUUUUCGAUCUAGGAUGCGAGGAAAUGGACACGGUACCAGUGUGUGCGCGUUGGGUUGCGGAUCGAUUCACAGGACAUAUUCGGGUACUGGCCAAGAUGGACUACCUUCCAGAAGAGCCUGGGAUAUGCUCUUACAACGGACACAAUGAAAAGAUACAAGAGACGAUGGAUUCACUCUGGUUGGAGGUCAUGUCGUUCUCAUGUUAAGGCGUUGUUCAUCCUCUUGAGAGAAUAUCUUCAUAGCACCUGUCACAUAUUUACGAAGAUGAUCACGGCCCAAGACGCCGCGUUCCCAGCCUCGCCUUGUCCCAUGUUAGCCUCUGCCCCUGCCUGAGACAGAGACAGAGCUGCGCACGGUACAUACACAGGUAGUAAGGACUUCCACAAUCUCCAGCUCCUGUAAUGCAUGCAGCAGACAGACUCUGGGGGUUUCUUUUCCUUCGGCGCCCAUGCGGACUUGGUUGGGUGUCUCGUCUCCCAGCCAGUGUCGUGCAGAUUGUCAAAGUGAGGACCUUAAAGGCCAAUCAGUGUCCGUCGAGGCUGAGAGGAAAAGCGGAGACUCUUUACCGAAGACGGACAUUCUGAAAGCAGCAACAUUUGCGCGUCGGUAGAUUGAAGAGUGGAGUGGGGUACCCAGCCGUCCUUUGAGUGGAGGAUCGAAAAGCGGCGGCAGGCUUCGGAUAAGAUGAUUUGUGGAUGGAUUUGCGAGGCAAGGAGGUUUCAACCACCAUUUCCAAAAGCAGACGAUCGACUCUAAACCGGUAAUCACAUCUCACAUAACAGCAGCUCGACUGAGACUGCGGGCAGACCCGGGGAAUCCGGUAGAUGUGACACACAGCUCACUCACUCAGGAACUGCUGUUUUGGAACCACGCAACCCCUGAACUCCGGCAGCCUCGCGGGGCCAGAGAGCCAUAGAAGGGCAGAUCAGAUAUUCGAGAAGCUUUCUGGCACGUCUGUCUGCCGGAGGAUCGGACCUCUGGGAGGGACGGAGCGCUUCGUCAGUACGCUUUCCAGGACGGCGCCACACACGGGACGGCAGCGGCACACUUAUCGAAAGAAACAAAGCAGGAAGUGACGCCUACAGCGAUUCUUACCGUCUCGAUACCUUUUAUUAUCAAACGACAGAGCAGACGGAUGGCUCUGGUAUCCCACCGACUACAUAUGGGUCAGUUCACGACUUGGUCACUGUGCUAUAGCUCCCUCAACGUGUUCACGUGGCUUGUCUGACGGGUCUGCGGACAGGUGCAGGAACUCAUGCCUUUUGUUUGGGUAGACGAUCAACUAUCCAUAUGACCCUGGGAACCAUUGAAACUGCGAGAGACCCAUUCGCUUGCUACUCCUCCUCCUCCUCCAGGAAUCUUCUAACGCCGCUCUUCCUCCGUUCAGAGUGCCACCAAAU